CUGAUCUCUAUAUCGGUGACAUUACUACAGGCGCGAAUGUGCUGCAAAUUAUUGCAGUGGAAUAGGAAAAUAUUAUAGGAAGGUUUAAUUAUAAUAUCUAAUGAAGUAAUUUUUUAAAAUGACAGCUUUGGCAAGAGAUCUAGUUGAAAAUAUUCACGAGAAAGAAAUGCAUUUCGACCAGCUGACAUACAACUGGGUUGAUAUCACAAAUGACUUCUUCAGUUCCGUGCAAAGCUUGGAAUUGGGUGAACUUUUGCACGAUGAAUUAUUCGGCCUAUUUGAAGCCAUGUCUGCUAUCGAAAUGAUGGACCCAAAAAUGGACGCCGGGAUGUUGUGCAAUCGAGGAAACAGCAAGCCAUAUUCGUUCAAACAGGCAGUAGACUCUGGGGCAUUAAAAUUGGAUAAUUUAACCUUGGCCGAAGUGAUCGGAAUCAUUGAUUCGACGUAUUCUUGCAUAGUCUCUUGGCUUGAAGGGCACAGUUUGGCGCAAACUGUGUUUACUAAUUUGUACUUGCAUCAGCCAGGUCAAAUAUUGGACAAGUCAUUGCGAACAUUUUGUUAUGCAAUUUAUAAGAUUAUUGAAAUUAUUAAAGACUGUAUUAACAAGGCUAUGGUUUUUGAGGAGGAAGAUUUCCAAAGCGUAACAUAUGGCUACAGAUUACAACAGGAUAUUACAGAGCAAAAGACUAUAGCAAUGCUGAAAGAGGUGGAAGAGGAACUGCACAGAAAAAGUAGAAUAAAACCAGUCGAUGAUGAGUCUAAUCGAGAAUAUAAUGAUGCUCUGGCCUUAUAUGCUAGAAUAAGGUUCACAAAGAUGUUUUAUCAAACCCUGUCGCUCAUGGGAAGGAAAGAGCAGCUCCAUCAAAACUUGGCUGAUUGUCAAAGGCUUUUAUCAAACUGCUCUGACAUGAUGCAGGUCAUGAUAAAAACUGUUUCUCGAGGUGUAAAAGCUGACGAAUUAUGCGAUCAUCCAAACAUUAUGGGUUUUGACCCUAUGGUAAAUCAGCGGUUAUUGCCUCCAACGUUUCCAAGAUACACGAAAAUCAAACCACGAAGUGAGGCCUUGGAGUACAUAGAUGAAUUAUUAAAUCGAUUGAAAACGGUCAGCAAAAUAACGGGGUACACUAGCUUCCACGGCGCUUUGGAUUUCUUUUUAGAGUUUUCACGCCAAAGCCCAUGCAUACUAUCCAGAUCCAUGCUACAAAUCGUUUACCUGCCUCUAACCAAUCGAGUUUUUGGAACUCAAAGUUUCGGUGAUGUAUUGAGAGAUGCUGCUAGGGCUUUUAUUGCUCCUCCAGCAUUAAUGCCGAAAAUCACACUACUGCAGAAUCACCAAGCAAAGGAUUAUGUUGAUGGGUUCUUGGGCCACUGUGUAUGCUUGUUCGGUAGUUUAGUGCAACUUAGUGGACACAAUCGAGCGCGGCAAAGAGAUAAACUGGCCCAUUUGUUAGAAGACUUUGCUGCUCUACAAGAUGAGGCUGAAAGAGUGGAUUCAUAUCUGCACACACUAUCUUUGAAAAGCGACACUCCAAGGCCACACUUGGCAUAUUUUGGCACAUGGAUAUUGUACCACACGUUGCGUGUGAUGGUUAUGUAUUUACUGAGUGGUUUUGAACUGGAAUUAUAUUCGGUCCAUGAGUAUCAUUAUAUAUUUUGGUACCUGUACGAGUUUUUAUACGGGUGGCUUAUGUCUGCAAUCACAAGAGCGGACUCCUUUCUCAUGGAACAAGAUAUUCAUAGUGAAACUCACAAAGGCAGAGGGGCUAAAAAAAGUGCUAAAAAUAAGAAAAAAAAAUCCACCCCUAGACCAUACAGUCUAGAAAUAUUAAUGUACCAAGCUAUGCAGAAUAUUUGUGGCGGAUACUACAAGGCGUUGAUGGGAUUUCGAAUGGAUAAAAAGAUUCCUCUACCCGAAUCACAGUUUGACUCGGAGCGAGUGAGAUACGAGCACAGGUUGUUGCCUUUUGCAUCAUUAUUAACUCCUCCACCAGUUCCUUAUCAGGAAUUUCUAGACAUGACAAGUGGGCAGAUGUUAAACAGAGAUGAAACUGUUACAAGUGAAAAGCAGUACCUGGCUGGUUGCGGACACUUUCAUCAGGCUAGAAAUAUGUUAGAAAGUGCUCUGUCCUUGUAUCCAGCAAAUGUGCAUACAGUUAAUCAGAUUAAUGAUUUACUCAAAGUAUCGAAGACGAAUUUUAUUGUCCUGAAACUUUUGGCUGGAGGACAUAAAAAGGAUUCGACGGAACCCCCGAUUUUCGAUUUUUCGUGCCACCAACAUUUUCCGUUGAUUAAACUCGCUUAGCUUGUUUUAUAGUUACCUCAAUAAAUUCCCUUACAUACAAUAGUUAUACAUACCUAUAUGUUUACAGUGGACUCUCCAUACCUACUUCUCGGCCCAGCUUCUCCUUGCAUACAGUACUAUACGAAUACGUACUUCACAGGGCAGCUCUAGAUUUGGAAGUAAACCGAGACUAGUCAGGGAAUCUUAUGGUUUUGAAAAAGUCCAGAAAUUGUGCUCAUCCAUUAAAAAAAUGUAUUUUUUCAGUGAGUGAUUGUUGUGCUUUACUCAAUGUUCUGUAGGUUUUGACAGCAAAUUUACAGAGUGAUAGUAUAACAUGUAUCAGGAAAGAAUAAUAGCACGUGAUCUAAAAUGGCGGUAGGAAUUGAAAGAGCGGAUUUUUUGAAUUUGUAACGAAACUUUACUCAAAUUUACUUAUAGAUAUCAGAGUGAACUGAAUUUCUUUUCAAACGGUUAUUGAAUUAUGGAGAGUCUAUUGUUUUUGUUUGAGGAUUAGUUAUGCGUCCAAGUAAUUUUCAUAUUUAUUAAAACUGUUUUGAAAGUUGUAAAAAAUGUUAAAAUUCUUUGUAUGUUUCUUUCCAUUCAUGCUUUCGCAUUCACGACAAAAAUUUCUGUAUCUCUGUAAAUAAACUAUAAUA